AUGUUGGCAUGUAAAAGUGCCUUAUUUGAGACCGGAGGCCGGAAACCGUCGAUUAGUAACUGUCGUUUUAGUACGGUGCAAGUAUUUAUCACAUCUUUAGAAACCCUACGUCAUUUCCGCUCGACCUUCAAAAUGGCAACUUGCAGGGGUGCCGGACAAUUGGUCCGUCAGUUUUCAACAUCAGCUGUCAGGAACAAGUUAGCCGAUAUGCCUUUGAAGUUGUAUGGUAUUGAGGGAAGAUAUGCCUCAGCCCUCUUUUCAGCAGCUACCAAACAGAACAAACUAGAUGUUGUUGAUAAGGAAAUCAAUUCAUUUAAGGCACUGAUGGCCAAAGAAAAUGCUGUGAGGGAAUUUAUCUAUGAUCCAUCCCAGCAGAGACAGACAAAGAUGGCGGCUAUGAUCAAGCUUGCCCAGUCCCAGAAGUACAGCGAUAUUACAAGUAACUUCUUGGGUGUUAUGGCUGAAAAUGGUCGCCUUCCAAAGACAAAAGGUAUAAUCUCGGCUUUUCAUAUGCUGAUGAGGGCGCAUAGAGGGGAAAUUGUGUGUUCUGUAACCACAGCCAAGCCUUUGUCUGCAUCAGAUGAAAAGGAACUGAGAGCAGCCAUGGAAGGUUUUGCCAAGAAAGGACAGAAACUUGAAAUUGAAAUGUUGGUUGAUCCUUCCCUUAUUGGAGGCAUGGUUGUUAAUAUAGGAGAUAAAUUUGUCGAUAUGUCCAUAGCCAGCAAGAUGAAAAAGUACACGUCACUCUUGAAAGAAGCUGUAUAAAAUCAGGGACCAUAGUGCUAACGUAUUGUAAUUUUGAUAUUUUGAAGUGUGCUCGAGAGAUAGUGUUGAAAAAUAAAAAUUGCUCCUUAAAACACUGAAAACUAUU